UUACCCGACACUGCCCCACACUCUCACUUAACCUCCACACACUGCUGGACGGGAAGUAACUUCACUGACUUCAGAAACCCACGCGCGCACACACACAUCCUCCAGAUGACAGCUCGUGGGGCUCAGCGUUUCUUCUGACACCGACCUCGGUGUGUUUUGUUGCACCUUGUGAUCCUCGGCGGAGCGCAGACAGAGGAGUUACCAAAGUCCCUGACACGCUCCAGCAGCGAUGAUGACUUUACGCACGGGAUUUGAAGGCUGUUUGAACUGACUCCUCUUCUUUGGUCUCUUCGCUGAAACUCUCGUCGCCGUCGCAUCGAGCCAGGUUUUGCAAGACAUACGCAACGAGGAUCGAUUCCGUAUAGUCAAGGUGACGUUCAUGAAUUUCAAAGUCAUCCAGAAGUGAGCAGAGGGUGUUGGAGUCGAAGUCUCUUAUUUCUAAUGAUGUCUUCCAUGCGAACAACGCCUCCCUUUCAACAACAGUCUGAAGAAGAGGAAGUGGCCGGUCAGGACGCGGCCUGGGCCAAACACGAGCGAGAGAGCCCGAAGGAGACGGCAUCGCCCUCUUCGCAUGACCAAACCCACUCUGACGAGCUGCAGCCAAUCAGAGAAAAGAGGACAGAUAUUGAGUGGGACAACGUUGGGCCUGCUGUGAUGGACAAUGAAAGCAAUAAGAUCUGCUCGGUCUACUCCUACCAGACUAACUCUACCUCUCCACACAAGCCAGAGGAGGGUUCCAGGGAUCGCGGGGAGCCCAUGAUCGGCCUCGCGUUCGGGACCCCGGAGCGCCGCAAAGGCAGCCUGGCAGACGUGGUGGACACUCUGAAACAGAAGAAGCUUGUGGAGCUGACAAAGACAGAGCAAGACGAGCCAUCGUGCAUGGAGAGGCUCCUCUCAAAGGACUGGAAGGAGCGCGUUGACCGCCUGAAUGCCAGUGAGCUGCUGGAGGAGGUCAAAGGUACGCCAGAGUCUCUUGAGGAGAAGGAGCACCAACUUUCCACCAUGAUUGGUCAGCUGAUCAACCUGAGGGAGCAGCUCCUCGCUGCCCAUGAUGAGCAGAAAAAGAUGGCGGCCUCGCAGCUGGAGAAGCAAAGGCAACAGAUGGAGCUGGCCCGGCAGCAGCAGGAGCAGAUUGCCAGACAACAGCAGCAGCUCCUGCAGCAGCAGCAGAAGAUCAACAUUCUCCAACAACAGAUCCAGGUCCAGGGUCACAUGCCUCCGCUGAUGAUCCCAGUGUUUCCUCAUGACCAGCGGUCCUUGGCUGCUGCCGCUGCUGCACAGCAAGGCUUCCUCUUCCCACAGGGCAUGUCCUACAAGCCAGCAGGUGAUAAUUACCCCAUGCAGUUCAUUCCAUCGACAAUGGCAGCUGCAGCGGCAUCUGGACUGAGCCCGUUACAACUACAGCAGCUGUAUGCAGCCCAGCUGGCAAGCAUGCAGAUGUCUCCAGGAGUCAAGAUGACUCCCCACCCACAAGCUCCCAACUCCUCCGGUCCCCUCUCCCCCUCUGCGCUGAAGAGUGAGAGGCGAGCAUCCAGUCCCAUCACUCAGAUUAAGGAGGAAGGAUCCACGCAGCCAUUGAACCUCUCAGCCAGACCGAAGACAGCUGAGGGUCUUCGCUCCUCAACGUCCCCGACGCAAGGUCUGUUCUCUGGACACAAGAACAGCCCCACAGGCAUGGGCAAGGGCCGCAUCCCCAGUCCUGGCCCCAUCAUGGGCCGGAACUCUCUCGACAUCCUGUCCAGCCUCAACCCCACAGCGCUGUUUGGGGACCAGGACGCAGUGAUGAAGGCCAUCCAAGAGGCGAGGAACAUGAGGGAGCAGAUCCAGCGCGAGCAGCUCCACCAGCAGCAGCAGCAUGCAGGACAUCAGAGUCUGGAGGCCAAACUGUCCGCCCUCAGCGGCAUGACCCUCAACAACGGCAACAAGGAGCGGCUGCACUAUGAGACGCUGAGCCAGCACCUUGGGAAGCUCGGAGAGGAUGCUGGGAAGAUGGUCCACCGGGUCAUCGACCUGACGAGACCAGAGGAUCUGGAUGGGAAUAAUGUCACCGAGGCCCGAGUGUUCAGGGAGGCGCGAGGCAGGAACAGCGCCGAGCCCCACAUCAAGAGGCCCAUGAACGCCUUCAUGGUUUGGGCCAAGGACGAGAGGAGGAAGAUCCUGCAGACUUUCCCCGACAUGCACAACUCUAACAUCAGCAAGAUCCUCGGCUCUCGCUGGAAAUCCAUGACCAACCAGGAGAAGCAGCCGUACUACGAGGAGCAGGCCCGCCUGAGCAAGAUCCACUUGGAGAAAUACCCCAACUACAAGUACAAGCCGCGGCCCAAGAGAACCUGCAUCAUCGACGGCAAGAAGCUGCGCAUCGGAGAGUACAAACAGAUGAUGAGGUCACGACGUCAGGAGAUGAGGCAGUUCUUUGUGGGGCCUCAGCCACAAAUUCCUCUUGGCAACAGCCCAGUAGGGGUUUACCCCGGUGCCAUAACCAUGGCGACGACAGCCACGCCAUCCCCACACCUGACCUCAGACUGCUCCAGCAACUCAGCCAGCCCUGAACCGGCCAUCCCCGUCAUCCAGAGCACAUACGUGGUGAAGUCCGAGCCAGUUGGAGGCAGCAAUGGCGGCGGAGUCAGAGCCUUGGCCCUGCCCAGCAAUCCCGCCAAUGGAGACGAGGACAUGGACAUGUACGAAGACUUUGAUGAUGAGCCGAAGUCAGACUAUAGCAGUGACCGUGAGACGCGAGAGGUCAUCAGUGCCAACUGAGUGUUCUCAGGGCGUGAGUUGUAAAAAGAGAAAAAUGUAAAACUCCCGUUAUACUCAGAAACACUUUUUAAGAAAACAUAGUUUAUUACAGAGACCUUCAGGCAAACAUUUAGGACAUGCUGCGUCAUGCGCUGAGCGUGCCCAGACAGGACACACACUCAGCGGACAUGCUCAGAAAGUUAUGGACAGUUCAUUGAUGGAUGUCAAGUUGAAGAACAGGGCUGAAGAAUGUGACCCGAGAGCACAAGCCGAAGAGACACUCAGACAUCCAGCUGACGACGAACUUCAGUUUUCCUACACGCCGACAAUCUUAACAGGAGUAAACAAGAGCUAGGAGAGCGAGAGUGAGAGAGAAUGGGAAACAGAACAAAUGAACGACAAACACAUUGCUGUGUGGUUUGUAAAGAGCAUGCAUGGAUUUUGAAGCAUCAGGAAUUGGUCUUCAAACGCUAUUUGGUCUUAAAUGUUUAAGGAGUGAAUUCGUUUUUAUCAUUAUGUAUUUACAUCUUUGUGUUUUUUUGUUUUUUGUUGUUGUUUUUGUUCUAUAGACUUUUUUUCUGACAGGUCACUGCCUGUACAAACUCUGGACUGUCGGAACUUGAAAUUUGAAAAGUUUUAAUAUAAAUCUUAGCUCUUGUAAUCUUAUAGUCUUACUUUUGUUUUCUUACAUUUACAGUGCAUCGACAUCUUGUUUCUGACAAACUGCUUACAUAACUGUUAGAUCUUCUUUUUUUAAAUAUCCCAGCUCAGGUAUGAUGUGCCAGCUUGUGAAUGUGUUUUGUUUUGUUUUGUUUUGUUUGUUUUCAUAUAAAAAGAGUGGUAGGACUUUUUUAGACUGUCAAGAAAUAUGGGGAGCAACAUCCCUUAUAUAUCUAUUAUUAUUAUUAUUAUUAUUAUUAUUAUUAUUAUUAUUAUUAGUAGUAGUAGUAGUAGUAGUACCCAGACAUUGUACGGAUUUAAUUCAAAUGUGCCAAACCUCCAUUCACAUUCACUCUGGAUGUCGUAGUCUUAACUUCCAAUGCUGCAAAAAAGUCUUAUACAAUCAGCUGUCUCUAUCUGAUGAGAUGAGUUCCUGCUUGGUACCUGCUGGCCUCCCUCCUCAGGGAAGAUUUGUUUUCAUCGCACUGCCUCAGUCAUUCACACACAUGCACACAUUUCGCGUCACUCAGUGGCAGACCCUCCGGCUUUUAGAAGAGUAGCAUUUUUAAUGAGUCUGUUCCUCUAUUCCAUUGUAGUAGUGCUUUCAAGAACCACAUUGCCCAUGGUUCUUUGAGGCCAAACACUUAUCACGAUGUGCAACAAAUGCAGCGCAGUAUGCUGACUGAAGCCCGACUUCGAUCAUUUAUCAAGUCAUGCUAUGGUUUGAUUUCUACCUUAAUAUACACUUAAUAUAUAAUAAUAAUUCAGUCUUAAAAGAGAACCUUCAGCAUCAUAACGAAGGGGAAGAAGCAGCCCCACGAAGAACAUAUACUGUAGGAUAAGAGUUAUUAACUGUGUUUUCCAUCGGUACAAAGAUGUGCAUAAUGUUAAUAUUUGUAUUAGUUUGUUAAUAUUUUUUUAACGUCUUCUCUGCAUCAUGUGGGAAAGAUACACCAAAUUGUUUAAAAGAAAAAUUAUAUAGUUGCAAAUGAAUGGUACUCAUAGGUCUGUUAUUUCGAAAAGGGUACCUUUUUCUACAUCGCAUGUAUAUUUUGAAGACAAGUAAAUUAUUAAGAGAAGAAUGGAGGAAAAAAUGGUGCAUCAUUUUCUCUCAGUCGCAGCCAUUGGUCGGAUCACACAAGUUUUCCACAGUCUGGAGCAAGAUGUUCCUCUUUCGUCUUUCGGCGAGGCCCAGUGGUCAGCACCAUGCUGGGUUUGAACGAUUUUUUCCUCCAUUUUACUCAGAUGUCACAUUCUUUCUCUAAAACGUUUUUUUUGUUUUUUUUCUUCUUUUGUCUAUUUUCACCAUCCUCUCUGCAAAUUGAACACGUUUCCAUUUUGGACACCUGUGACCUCAGGUGGUUUCUGGGUGCUGUGUUCAGCUGCGUUCUGACUCCAUAUAACUAUUUGUGACCAUAUCUGGCAAUUCUUACAUUGUUUUUUUCUCCCGGGGAAAAGGUCUCAUACAUAUAGAUUUCAGUUAGUGUCAUACACAUCCUAAGCACUGGAUAUAUAUAGUUUUUUUUUUUUUUCCUUUUUCUUUUUUUUCCAGUAUUGACUAAUGUGAAAUUGUUGUUUGAUUUUCAACAUGCUAAAUUAGAACAGUCAAAAGUCUCUUUUGAGGAAGCCUCGCACAUGCCAGGCACCAGCAUAAUGCCAUUUUCUCUAGAAGCAUUUCAUUUAUUUAAACAAACGAUGUUGCCUAAAGUGGUCCCUUCACCUCUGAUCCCUUUCAGGUAACCUCAUGCUCUUGUCAGUUGUGACCAGCUUCUGACGUCUUUUGGUCACACACACAUUUUGUUUUGUUUUUGUGAUGAGUAUUGUAUUUGAAAUUCAAUUGUGCGUUUUAACAUUUCAUUGUAUUUAUUAGCCAGCUUUGGCUCUAAAAAGUGUCAGUACAAACUUGGUGAGAAAGACAAUCAAAAAAAUAAUAAUAAAUAAAUAAAAAGUUAA